CGUAGCAUCGGCUGCUCUCUGUCAAGAGCCUAUCGCCGUUUGCUAACACGUACGGAGCCACGGGCAACAUCAACAUCCUCCACAGAACCGUGCGAUCGACAUCAAGCCGCCCUCUCCGGUUUCAUCUCAGUCGCGCACGGGUUUGCUGACUCUCCUCAAGCGGAAGCGGGCCGACGGCAUCAACAUGGCCAAGCAGACACCCAUAUCAGCGGUCAAUGCAUCAUCGAUAGUAUCGUCCGACUCAUCGGUACUGCGGCCCGGGUCCAAGGAGAACACUCUAGCGACGAUCGACUGCAUCUGGAUGGAUGUCGAUCCGAUGGUCGAGCGAAUCACUAUGAACGGCAUGGUUUCUGAGGAAAUACUCUGCUCCGUGGCCUCGGGGAUCAUGCAGCUCACCCGAACGGAGCUGCUUUGGUCCGGUGUCACCUGCGAGACACUCGCCAGCAUGACACUUUCGUCGAUGCUGAUUCCACAGCACUUUUACGAGGUCGCAGUCAAAGUCCAUCUGGCGUCAAUCCUGAGUUUCACAUCGUGCACAAUCAAGGCCACACCAACAAAGCCCGACACAGGCGCUCGCAGCACCGCAAACAUAUUUGCCUCCGACGGCGACAGACGAGCCAGCGACGAUCACAUAACCAAAGGCAUGAACGGCAUCAAGUCCAACACGAUGCUGUUCCUUCCUCGGACGAAAGCCUAUGCCUUGAUGGUCUUCACAGCCGAGGAGGUAUACAAGUUCUAUCCCUUCACGGAGGAAGAGAUCAGCAAAAUCCUCAAGAUCCUGACGUGGCUCACGGGGCUGGCGCCUUUCGAUGAGAUUGACUUUAUCAAGAAGGUUUUGGUGAGUGCAAGCGGAGCUUGGCAGAGGGCCCCUGUGCAGUUUCGUCGCAGAUCCUUCCGAUUGCUCCAUAGGUUGCCGGAUGAGAAAGAGAGCGAAGGGCGGUGCAUUUUACAUGUGGAGCAGCGAAUCAUCUCAACCGACCAUAUCCACUGUGCUUUGGCGCCAAGUCCAAGAAGCUUGAAUACACCCGGAGCGCCGCUCUCCGGAUGCUGCUGCAGGAGCCGUCGCCUUGGAUUGAUCAUUCCGCCGACCUGAUCGUCAUCCUCGACAACCUCACGGCCGAGCUUCUUCCCCAAAAGACCAUCGAUAUGGAGCGGCUAUUCCACUCGUGUCGCCUCGAGAUCGAAG